AUGAAUAAUCAACAUUAUCUUAAGAAUGCAUCAGACCAUAAUCAUUUAGCUGAUGCGAGCAGACUAGAAGUUGUAAAGACAAUCACCAAGAUCAAGGAACAAGCACAACGAAUAAAUGAUAAGCCAGCCCAGAUUAUGCAAACAGCGAUCACUAACAGCUCUCAAUACAUAUAUUCAUAUCUUCUAUUAACCAACACCCUUAGGAAAACUAUUCAAAGGAUUCAUCAUCUUGACCUUCUUACAGAACCAGGAUCUUUAGAGAAUUUUGAAGAAGAGUAUAAUAUUGAUUUACAGCCUCAAAUAGUUUUAACAGAUUUUGAGAGUGCUGCUAUAAAUGCCGUUCAAUUAGAGUUCAAUGAUGCCCAAAAUAAGGGGUGCUACUUUCAUCUAGCUCAAAGCAUUUAUCAUAAAGUUCAAAACUGCAGGCUUUCUUCACGUUAUAGUACUGAUGAACUCUUUAGUUUACUAAUAAGGCAUAUUCCUGCUCUCGCAUUUUUGCCGUAUAAUGAAAUACCAGGUGUGUUCAACAAAUUAAAUUCUUUUAUUCCAUCUGAAGCCCAUGAGGUUGUGAAUAGUAAUGUGAUUAGAUCUGAACCAUUAUUUCCUUCUAAAUUCUGGUCAGUGGCCAAUAAUGUCAAAUUCGUAUACCCUAGAACUCAGAAUUCAGGCGAGACGUGGCACAGGCAGUGGGAGACAUUAGUAAGCUCUGCUCACGUUGAUGUUUUCAGAAUAAUCAAAAAACUACAAAAAGAACAGAACCAAAUUGAGCUCAAUAUUGAAGCAAUCUUAAAAGAUGCGCCAAGACUAGCACAAAGGUGA